CAGUGCACUUCAUUAUGAAGUUAAGACUGUAAAACCCUCUUUUGACCCUCUUUAUGCUUAUAAUGAAGAUUAAUGGAUUAGUUCUACAAUCUCCAGUGUUUGUUUACCAGCCUGUUGGUUUUAGUAAGUUUGUGUUGUUCAUAUGACUCUCUCAGUAUGUUUAAUUAUGUUUCUUUUGCACAUUAGAAAUGUGAAGAACUGAGAAGAGAUGUGAGUGAUGAAGGAGGAAAAUCCAGAGAAGUUCAGUGAAGUUUUGUCCACAGAUUCAGGGCGGGGCGACAGAGGGCCGCGUCUCGAAUCCCGCUCAGCCGCCUAGAUAGUGCGCAGCGUUCGGGCAUCCCGGGCGCACGAGGCGUUUUGAGGUAACACAGGCGCGGCGCCCACAAACGCUGCACCCUAGUUAGGGCGCGCCGGAGCAACUGGGACGCGGCCCGUGAGACAGAAACCCGCUGCUGCGCUUCAUUAGAGCCUCCGUGUGUCUCCAUCAUUCAUCCGUCCCGCAUAGCCGAACCACAGACCCGAUCCCGAGCGCACGGAACCGGCAGAUGGACGGAACGCGUGCGCUCUGACGGCAGAAGCUCCGCUCGUUCAUCUUCGGCUCGGUUCGGCGGUCCGAUCGCUGUUCGAUCACUCGCUAUUGUUCGGAUGUGCGACGCUGGGAAUCAAAGAGUCCGAUCGAUUCCCGACCGAACAUGAGUUCUGCUCUCCGCUGGGUUUUAUCGCUGUGCUUCAUCAUCACCAUCAUCAUCGUUCAGCGCGCGGCUCCGUUCCAGGUAGCGUUGCAGGAUGACAGCCGGAUGCUGCUGUCGCUGGACGCCGAUGACGUGAGGCCCGACGUGUCCGUGUAUUCGGUGCGGGUUUCCGGAGAACCUCGCACGCACACGCUGUUGUUCACACAACCCGUCGAUGGUCAAACGCUGCCACGUCCGCUCCAGUUCAACGCCUCGUACCACGGCCUGUGUUACUCCAUCAGUCUGAUGCUCGGGAACGACAGCAGCACAUCCAGAGCCGUCAGAACCGUCCCUGUGCUCACCAAGCCUCUUCCUCUAGACAGUGUUGAGAUGUCUGAUUACGCUUCGGCUCCAGAGACCGGCGUGGUGUUUCAGAUCCGUUCUCCAGACAGGAACAUCUACACACGAGUAAACAUCAGCUACGUGGAGGGCCGUCAGCCGCGCUACAUGCUGUAUAAAGAUUUCCUCAAAGGGAAGACGGUGUUUAAGCACUGGCUGUCGGGCACGUGUUACACCAACAUCAGCUUCCAGCUGGUCUCAGAGGCCACUGUCAACAGGAGCACGCUGGUGAGCCGCAGCGACGUUACCCACGAGCCCCUGCGCCACCGCACCGUCCCGAAUCCUCCUCGCAACGUGUCGCUCAAAAUCAUCCACCUCAGCAACCGAGGAGCGCCGGGAUCAGACCUGCACGGGGUGGUUCUGAAAGCAUCCCAUAAUGCAUCGGUCCUCCGGCGAGCACGUGACGUCCCUGCAUCUGAAGAGCAGGAAGUGAACAGUGAGGAGAUGAGCGUCACACAGACGCCGCUAAACGAGUCCGUCACCGUCUACAGCAGCCCAGCCGAACCCGCGCGUGACAACAGCACUGAGACGCUGUGGGCGGAGCCGACGGGAAGUCCCGCCCCCACAGAGGAAGAGGAGUUUGUGAAUGCACUAGUGCCAGAGUAUGAGGACUCUAAUGAGCCGGGCUCAACGAUGGAAGUGACCUUUGAACCCAGCGUGAUGCCCACGCCGCUGCCGCCCAUCCUGCUGGAGCUGCGCUGGUUACCGCCGCGGCCGCCCUCCGCCUUUGACGGAUUCAACAUCUACAUCUACCGCGACGGAAACUCCACGGAAACGGCGACGGUUGAUGAGAACACUCACGAGUUCUUCACCGAGCUCUCAGAAGCAGGAACGUAUCACGUUCACGUCACGACGCUCAGUUCGUCCGGAGACUGCGAACCCCGAGAGAGUUCGGCCGACACCGGAUUCACCUUCUACCUCAGCCCGUCGGGCGAGUGGAUGGAGCAGCCGCAGGAGCGUCCGCAGGCGGUCAGCGUGAAGAUGCUGGACUCCAGCACGGCCACCGUGUCCUGGGCUCCGUCCCGGCACAGAUAUAACGGCAGUCUGAUCUCGGUGCUGUCGCUCACCUGUCUGCGGCCCAGCAUCAGCCAGCGCAUGGAGAACACCUACUGCUCCGAGGAGAACAUCACCAGUGACAUCAUCAGCAGCCUGACGCCCGGCGCUCAGUACAGAGUGGUGGUUUAUCACACGAACGGGCCGCUGGUCAGUCCCGCGUCUGAACCCGUCAUCAUCGACAUCGAGCCGACGGGUGUUCGUGAUUUGGUGGUUUAUCCUCUCAGUCCCACCGCCGUCAUCCUCAGCUGGCAGCGGCCGUACAACGUGGCCUUCAGGAAGUACGUGCUGCAGACCUUCUUCUUCAACUCGGCCACGCAGACGUCGCAGUGGACCACUUACUACGAGAUCGCCGCCACCGCGUCCGUCAUCGCCUCUGUGAGAGUGACGGAUCUGCUGCCGGCCUGGUUCUAUAACUUCCGCGUGACGAUGGUGACGUGGGGCGAACCGCCGCUCAGCUGCUGCGACGCUUCCACCGUGAGCUUCGUCACAGCUCCUGAAGCUCCUCACAUCUCGUCGGUGGAUUACGCUCACGGGAUGCUGUACGUGCGCUGGACGUACGGUGAUCUGUUCACCGAUCUCUCACACUCGCGGAUGCUGCACUGGCAGCUGACGGCCGAGGGGAAGAAGGGCGCGAGGAGACGCUACUCCAUCGACGUGACUCGCAACAUGAUGAAGGCGUCUCUGGCUCUUCCUCCCGGCGACAUCUACAACCUGACCGUCACCGCCUGCACCGAGAGGAGCCGCAACACGUCUGCGCCGCACAUCAUCAAACUCGAACCGGCUCCUCCGAAGUCGCUGUACGCCGUCAACGCCACCGACACGGCCGUCACGCUGCUCUGGACGGAGGAGGGCGUUGUGGAUUUCUAUCAGGUCGUCUGCAGACCGCUGGGAGUCAACAGAGAAAACAAAAAGGUGCGUGAGCCGCUGCUCACCGCCGCUCAUGUUGUGACCGUGUCAGGUCUGCAGCCGUCCACAUCAUACAACUGUACUGUGAUCAGCAGCAGCUACAGCAGCGCCAGCGACCCCGCGUACAUCACCGUCAGCACAUCUGUGCGCGAGAUGAACCCGAGUGUGGCGGCUAUCUCUGCGCUGGCGGUUCUCAGCAUUCUGCUGAUCAGUCUGCUGGUUCUGUUCCUGCUGGUGCUGCGCAAGAAACACAUGGAGCUGAGCCGGGAGUGCGGCGCUGAAACCUUCGUGAAUUUCGCCUCUUUCGAGCGGGACGGGAAGCUGCCGUAUAACUGGCGCAGGAGUCUCUUUGCGUUCCUCACGCUUCUGCCAUCCUGCCUUUGGACUGACUAUCUUUUGGCCUUUUAUAUUAAUCCGUGGAGCAAAACGGCACUGAAGAAGAGGAAACUAACCAGUCCCGUUCAACUCAGUGAUUUCGACGCUUACAUCAAAGAUAUGAGCAAAGAUUCGGCGUACAAGUUCUCACUGCAGUUUGAGGAGCUGAAGAGCGUCGGUCUGGAUCUGUCUCAUGAAGCGGCCGAUCUGCCCGUCAACAGACCCAAGAACCGCUACACCAACAUCCUGCCCUAUGACUUCAGUCGGGUGAAGCUGAUUUCUCUGCACAACGAUGAAGGUUCUGAUUACAUCAAUGCCAACUAUAUUCCUGGUUAUAACUCUCCGCACGAGUACAUCGCCACGCAGGGCCCGCUGCCCGAGACCAGGAACGAUUUCUGGAAGAUGGUCCUGCAGCAGAAGUCUCACAUCAUCGUCAUGCUGACCCAGUGUAACGAGCGCAGGAGGGUGAAGUGUGAUCACUACUGGCCGUUCACUGAGGAGCCCGUGACGUACGGAGAGAUCACAGUCGAGAUGCUGUCAGAGAACGACUCGCCCGAGUGGACCAUCAGGAACUUCAGACUGGGAUACGCCGAUGAAUCUCAAGACGUUCUGCACUUUAAUUACACCUCGUGGCCUGAUCACGGGGUGCCGACGGUCAACGCCAUCGAGAGCAUCUUACAGUUCGUUCAGAUCGUACGGCAGCAGGUCAACAGGACCAAAGGGCCCAUCGUGGUCCACUGCAGUGCUGGAGUGGGUCGGACCGGCACCUUCAUCGCUCUGGACCGGCUGAUGCAGCACAUUCAGGAACACGAGUAUGUGGACGUCCUGGGAUUGGUGUCGGAUAUGCGCUCACACCGGCUCUCCAUGGUCCAAACUGAGGAGCAGUAUGUGUUCAUCCAUCAGUGUGUUCUCCUCAUGUGGAAGAAGAAGAAGCAGCAGACGCACACGAGCGACGUCAUCUACGAGAACGUCAGCAAGUCCUAAUGAGGUCUGGCGCUCCUCACAUCAGUGUUGACAGACGUGUGACAUCGACACCAAAAAGCAAGCGAGCGGCGGCCGCGGAGGAGAAUCCUUCACUCAUUUACUCCCAUAGAAGCUCUUAUUUAGCGGACGAACGACGGAACCAAUCCGAUGCCUUAAACGAGCUGCCGCGUUCUCCCGCCUCCGCCGACCGGAGGAGAACGUCGCAGCGCCGGACCGACCGUCCGCAUCUAGUCUUUAGUUUGCGUGUGAAUCUCAGGAUCAUCUGGUGCGCCGCGGCCGGACGCGUCUGCGGUGUAACGUGUGUUUCGUGAGUUUGUGUGGCACUCUGUCUGUAAUAGUGUUAGUUUCCACGUCUCCGGAGGAGCGGCGGGCGCUUCGGCCGCACAACCAGAUCCUCCUGCCGGCACGCACGCGCAAACCCGAUUCGGACCCGACGGCCUUCGAUCACUGCCACGCACGGACCAUCUGCUUCAGUUACAAAGGAAGGACGGACGCACAGACGUUUGUGCGCCUUUUGCACCGAUCAUAUGUGUUGCUGUGUGUAGAGAGGCGGACGGUAGCUGCGCUUCUGUGUGUUUUAGCCUGUGAUUUCUGCUCAAUCUCCUGCGGGGGUUUCAUCGUGCCAGACCGCCGGGCUUCACCUCCGGCGGCGUUCGCGCAGCUCCAGCGCGGUCGGACUGAACGCGAGCGUCCGGCAGCUCCGAUCCCAUCACCUGCUGCUGCUGAAUCUGACACUGAUUCCACACGUGGUGUUCGCUGAACGUUGCAUGCUGCAAAAUGACAGACGUGAGAUUAGUCUCAUCUUUAGGUUUAGACUCGAGCUCAGAGUGUUCGCUUCACAUUUGCCUGUUCCGUCAAACACACGAGUGAGUUUACAAAUGUUUACAGGCGCUGAGAUGUGACUUGUCAACUAGACACUGAGCUGUAAAUACUGAAAUGUGUUCAAGGAACUGACUGAAACUCUCCAGAACAGGCUUCACGUCACUCGAUGGGUUUUCUUUAGUUUGUGUCCAGGUCAAACUCGUUCGUCUUUUGGUGCCAUUCUCGUGUAUCGUGUGACUUCAAGUAGCCGAGCAAUCCACAGUCGCCAUCACAGGUUUCAUGUGUGUUCGUUUGGAAAAAAAUAAACGUUUGAGUACGUAUUCUUAUGAGCUGGAAAUGACUCGUUUUGUGUGAUGAACAAAUGACGUCUGUUGACCUCAAACCACAUCAACUUCACAAACAGACUGCUGUUGUUCUUCUUGUGUGUAUGUUUUGGAAUCAUCUGAUGUAAAGAGGCACAAAACGUGAUGUUC